UGGAGAAUUGCUACGUGCCCACCUUUAAAAGUUGUAUAAAUAAGAAGAACGAGACAAAGAGCGUCGCAGUUGGCAUUUCUCCUUCUAGUCUGCUACACAUUGGACAAGAAAAGAUUCUCUUGAAGAUGACAGGACAAGGUGGCCUGGCCGUGCUUCUGAUCAUCGCUUUGACAACGGUGACACCCGUUACUGGCGCGGGUCCCAUCCCCCUUACUCCGGAGGAAGAGGCGCAAAGAGACGAUGCUGCGGCUGAUAUGGCUAACCUUCCACCAGAGCAUCAAAUGGAACCUGAACUGCCCCCGGGUCCUAUACCGCCAAUCCCGGGUUGUGAAUGCCAUGCGCAUGGUGAUGUCCGCUAUGUUACGUGUGAUGGGAAUGCCUUCAGAUUUAACACUCCGCCCUGGGUUGUAGGUAUAAUGGCAAAGACUGUACGUACCUUAUUUUGGUAUAUAGUAACGUCACAGGAAUUCUUUGAUGGUGGUCCGAAGACUCGUCUGUCAGCAGUGAAAUUCAAGAUCUUUGGUCACUACGUGAUCAUCGAGUACAAAAAGACUAUAGAUCCAGAUGGACUGUACAAAAUAACGGUAAAAAAUGCAAUUGUACCUGGUCCGGUGAUAUUUGGUACUUCUGUAAGUCUUGGUCCCGGAACUGUAGAAACUGUAUUGUACACGGGGAAUGGUUUUAAGAUCUCCAUAAUUAAGAAGGAUGGCGAUUUCUACAUUGAGGUGCGCUGCACGUUCCUGCCACCCGUCCUGUUCGACAUUUGGAUACUGGUGGCCCGACAUUGUCUCCAGAUUUACAUUCCUCCGAUCUGGCAACCUUACAUAGAAGGGAUAUGUGAAGAUUGGGACGGAAAUCCAAAUAACGAUGUUACGGAUCUUGUCGCCUGGCCACAGGUAACACCUGCGCCGUAUGACGGAUUCCCUUAG